GUGGCCGUGCGCUGCCGGCCGCUGAGCGGGUGUGAGGUGGCCCUGGGGUGUUGGGUGAUCGUCAGCGUGGACGGCGCAUGGCCGGUGCCUCCUGCAGAACCCCGCUGCCCCUGUGGAGCCCCCAGACAGAUCUCCUUCAAUGGGGCAUUCGGUGGGGAGCACAGCCCCGAGCACAUCUGCGAGAUCGCCUACACACUCGUGGAGGGUGUCAUGGAAGGUUACAACAGCACCAUCUUUGCCCAUGGCCAGACUGGCAGUAGGAAGCCAUUCCCCAUGCAGGGAGUUGCAGAUCCUUCCUCACAGAAAGGGAUCAUUCCCAGGCCAUUUGAACACAUCUUUGGGAGCAUACAGCUGGGUUGUGCUGAAAAUGCCAAGGUCCCGCUGAGCGCCUCCUACCUGGAGAUCUACAGUGAGGACAUAUGAGACCUUCUAGGAGCUGACACCAAGCAGAAGCUGGAGCUGAAGGAGCACCCGGAGCAGGGGGUGUACGUGAAGGGGCUGUCGCUGCACGCCGUGCACAGCACAGCCCAGUGUGAGCAGCUGCUGGACACGGGCUGCAGGGACAGAGCUGCAGGGACCACCCUCAUGAACAAGAGCUCCUCCCACUCCCGCUCCAUCCGCGCUCUCAGGAUGGAAAUCUGCCCUGUGGUGGAUGAGCGAGGGCAGGGCCACCUUAGGGCUGCCAAACUCACCUUGGUGGAUCUGGCAGGAAGUGAGAGACAGUCAAGGACUGGUGCCACAGGGGAAUGGCUGAAAGAGGCCACCAAAAUCCAUCUUUCCCUGUCUGCCCUGGGCAAUGUCAUCUCAGCCAGACACAUUCCCUGCAGGGACUCCAAGCUGACCAGGCUGCUCCAGGACUCCCUGGGGGGGAACACCAGGACCCUGAUGGUGGCAUGCGUGUCUCGGGCUGACGACAGCUAGGAGGAAAGCCUCAGCACCUUGCGCUACGCAAAUCGAGCCAGGAAUAUCAGGAACAAGCCCUGCACCAAGGAGGACCCCAAGGAUGCCCUGCUGAGGGAGCACCAGGAGGAGAUUAAGAAACUGAAAGCCAUUCUGGCUGAACAGAUGGGCACGAGGGAUUUGUCAGGACUCAGCCCAGCCUCAGCUGCUCACCUGGGAGCAAAUCCAGCUCCCUGCCUCAAGCCCCUGGUGGAUCUGGAAGCAGAGGAGCAACUGAUCAGAGAAGAGUACCAGGAGAGGCUGGCCCAGCUCCAGGCCAGCUGCCACGCACAGCGGUCCCACACCCGCCUGGAGAAGGACAUCAGCUGCCUGAGGGAUGACUUUGAUCUCAAGGUGUCUGUCCUCCAGGACCUCCUCAGGAAGGAAGCAGCUGACACACGGACUGGAAGGACCUCUGACCACACACCUUCAUAGGAAGAUGCUGUUGCUGCAGCACAUGAAGAGCCAACAUCAGCUCAGGAGCCAGCAGCACUUGGGACCCUCACAGACAGUGGUGGGGUGAGCAGGGGCAGUGCUUUAGCUGCAGGAGCUGUCACUGCCCUGGGGAUUUGCCUGCCUGCAGACCAGCAGCUGGUUGCCAGGCUGCAGAUGCUGGAGCAGCAGGUGGUCGGGGAACAGGCUCGGAACAAGGACCUGAAGGAAAAGCACAAACGCCGGAAGAAAUACGCAGACGAGCGGAGGCUGCAGCUGGUGGCUGCACUGCAGGAAUCCAACGAGGACAGCAGUGAGCAAGGUCCCUUCAAUGUCUACGACUCCAUCCAGGAGGAGGUUGGAGCCAAGAGCAAGAUGCUGGAGGUGCAGGAAAAGCUCCAGGCUGUCGAGAUGGAGAUCAAAGACCUGCAGUUGGAGUUUGAGCUGUUAAAGACAGAUUACCCGAGCACCAUCCGGCACCAGGAGCGAGACCUGAUGCUCUGCCAGCAGCUGCUGGAUUAGGUGCAGUCCCUUCUCUGGUGCGACUGCAACUACAGCAACCCGGAGAGGAUCAGGCGUGAAUCCGUCUGGGAUGAGGACAGCAGCUGCUGGAAAGCUCCAGAGCCUGUCAUUGAAAAGCCAUCUCUUCCCACAGCGGUUCCAGCCCCGCCACAGCCCAAACCCGGCCGGAAAAGCCCCCCGAAUGAGAGCGGGGAGCCAGCGCCCGAAGAAGACCACUACAGCCUGGUGCUGCACAGGAGCGACAGCGAGACCAUCGGCAGGAACUACCUCCCAUCCCGGCGAGCCAGCCCGAUCUUUCACCUGGGUCUUUCACGCCGCGCAUGA